GAACACCGCGCUCGCAUUCUCAUUGGUUACUGGAAACCGGAAGUGCCUAUGUCCGGCGGAAGUACUCCUCCAGCUCGGUCCGCCCGGCCAGAGAUCUCAGUUUUCACCUCCAGGCGACUUGAAUUUCGAGCCUCUUGUAGUCCUGAUGGACAACUUCGCUUUCCUCAAACUGAUCACACUUGGAACUUCCAGGGUUGGAGUUUUAUGCAAUUGAGAGCUGUCGGCACUGCAGAAUUCUAUGUACUAGGAGACAGAGAUUAAAAUGGCUUCCAGAGGAAAGACAGAGACAAGCAAAUUAAAGCAGAAUUUAGAAGAACAGUUGGAUAGACUAAUGCAGCAAUUACAAGAUCUGGAAGAAUGCAGAGAAGAGCUUGAUGCAGAUGAAUAUGAAGAAACCAAAAAGGAAACUCUGGAGCAGCUAAGUGAAUUUAAUGAUUCCCUGAAGAAAAUUAUGUCUGGAAAUAUGACUUUGGUAGAUGAACUAAGUGGAAUGCAGCUGGCUAUUCAGGCAGCUAUCAGCCAGGCCUUUAAAACUCCAGAGGUCAUCAGAUUGUUUGCAAAGAAACAACCAGGUCAGCUUCGGACCAGGUUAGCAGAGAUGGAUAGAGAUCUGAUGGUAGGAAAACUGGAAAAAGACCUAUAUACUCAACAGAAAGUGGAGAUACUAACGGCUCUCAGGAAACUUGGAGAGAAGCUGACUGCAGAUGAUGAGACCUUCUUGUCAGUAAAUGCUAGUGCUGUCCUGAGCCAGUUUGAGAAAGUCUCAACAGACCUUGGCUCUGGAGACAAAGUCCUUGCUCUGGCCAGUUUUGAGAUGGAAAAAGCCCAAAAGUAACAAAUAUGGGAGCUGGUACACUGAACACAUUCCUCCUGUAAAUGGUGGUGUGUUCUGAGGAUUCUGAGUCACUGCAAAGAAACAGAUACUCUGAAAGCACAUUUGCAUCUUGGGACUAGGUAACAUGGAGACAGACGUACUAUGGCUGCUCUUUAUGGUCUUCCUCACCUCUCUCUGUGCAGGGCUCCUUGCUGAGUGACGCUGGACCUAAGACUCAUUGGACUUGAUUCAUUAUGAUUUGUUUGCUCAACAGAGAACAUAGACUUCUGCCUCUACUAAAGCUCUUUGGCUUUGGGGAGAGGGAUAUAGGUUUGGUUUUGGAGGUCUCUUCCCAUUUAUUUGGGGAAUAAUUUUUUUGGAGGGAGGUGGGCAGGAGUGUCUCACUCUGUAGCCUAAAGUGGCUUCAAACUCACUGUGUAGCCCAUGCCAGCCUAAAUCGGUGACAGUGAAGCCUCAGCCUCCCAAGCACUGGGUUCUGCCCAGGCUUUUUGGUUUUAAGUGCUGAUAGGUAAUAAAAAGAUGUGAGUUAUUGAUUCUUUUCCAUUCAUAACUGAUUUCUAUCAGCAACUUCACUAGCCCUCCUGUUGCUCAUAGUUUCAGAGCAUCAGUGAUGUUAGAAAUCAUUUUAAUACAAACAAGGAACGAUUUAGAAAGAGCAAGUGAUUUGCUGAAGACACAUCAGACAGAGCUUGGAACAAGGACAAGACUCAUGGGUCCUUACAGUUUAUUACCCCCUGAGUUCUCUCUCUUUCUCUCUCCCGCUUGGUACCAUUUUUGAAAAAUAAUGAACUUGUACUUGUGCAAGUUAGUGUCUAUGAAAACUGAGUCCUAACCCAGCAUUGACUGGGCACUAAGAGACUAUUCCCUAGCCUGUGAGCCCUGCCAUGAAUGGGGCCCUUGUGUCUCUGAAUUUCUAACUUGGAACAAUGAGAUCCCUGUUGAGAAUCUCCUGAAGUAACUUAACCUCUUGUGCUGUUUCACUGUGGAAGCAAUAGGAAGUGGCAGUUCAGGCCCUCCCAGAAUGACCUCCUGCCAGACUCAGAGGGUGGCAACAGUGAGCUGCAUCUGUUCUUCAGUUUGUGGAGAAGCAUAAAAUAAGUUAUGAGGAAAAACAAGCUUCUCUCCAGAGUGUUGACAUCUCUGUACAUGAUGUAUGUUCAGACCUGUCCCUGUGCAUGUACAUUGGUUUUUUCCUAGGGUUUGGUCAUUCUGUCUUCCAAAAUGUGUUUCUCAGUAUUCUUUCUUUACACUUUAUACAAAUUAAAAACAUUUUUGAUGCUUCUUA